UUUGCUUAGAGGUUGGAGGAAAGACAACUGUCAAUUUUCGACUUGGGAAGUUAAGAACAAAGUCCACUCAAACUGUAGGCAUAGUCCGUUUGAUAAAUAAUUCCGUAGCGGUAGAAAUUCUCACCAAUUUUGGGUUUCUUUUCUUUGUGAAUUUAUACAUAGGAUAAGAAAUUAAAAUGUUCAGGUUAUUUGGUACAUUGAGAAAUAUCUCGCAACGGAAUAUGAAUUGUUCCACAGCAGUUCGGAGAAUGUCCAUCCACGAAUAUAAAAAUUCGAGACUGAAAAUUGUUGAUAAUAUAGGAGUAAUUAUUAUGGACCAGCAAGGAUCAAAGGUCAACUCAAUGAGCGAGGAAGCUACAUCUGAACUCGAAGGACUUCUCAAAGAAGUACAGAACAAUUCUCAGAUUGAAGCAGCAAUUCUUAUAUCUGCAAAACCUAACUGCUUCAUUGCUGGUGCCGAUAUAACUAUGUUAUCCAAAUGUAAAAGCCAAGAUGAAGCAACCCACCUAUCCCACGAUGGUAAAAGAAUAUUGAACGAUAUCGAAAAAUCCACUAAACCUAUUGUUGCCGCUAUAAGAGGAUCUUGUCUUGGAGGUGGCUUGGAAGUUGCUAUGGCAUGUCAUUACAGAAUUGGUGUGAAGGAUAAGAAGACUAGUUUGGGAUUACCUGAAGUAAUGUUGGGAUUAUUACCAGGUGCUGGUGGUACUCAACGGCUUCAUCCACUCGUUUCUUUGCCAAAUGCCCUAGAUAUGACUCUAACUGGAAAAACAUUGAAAGCUGAUAGGGCAAAGAAAAUGGGUCUAUUAGAUCUUCUUGUUGAUCCACUAGGCCCUGGUUUAGGAACUGCUGAUAUGACAACACAGAAACAACUUGAAAAGGUUGCGAUUGAAGUUGCUAAACAGUUGGCCAGUGGACAACUCAAAGUGAAUAGAACCGACAAAGGAUUAACAGAUAAAGCUUUGAAAUUUGCCCUGCAGUAUAACUGGGUGAAGGAUCAAAUUUUUAAUAAAGCUAAGGCUCAAGUUAUGAAACUCACCGGAGGAUUGUAUCCUGCCCCAUUAAAGAUCUUAGAAGUAAUCAGGACAGGAUUGGACAAAGGUAGGGACGCCGGUUUUAGAGCAGAAUCUGAAGCAUUUGGCCAACUAGCCAUGACUCCACAGAGCAGAGGUCUUGUCAAUCUUUUCUUGGGCCAAACUGCUUGCAAAAAAAAUAGAUUUGGUAAAGGAUCGAAAGAAGUUAAAAAUUUAGCUGUUCUUGGAGCCGGUUUGAUGGGUGCUGGAAUUGUAAACGUUUCUGUUGACAAAGGAUAUCGUGUAAUCUUGAAGGAUAGUCAACAAGCUGGCUUAGACAGAGGUGUUGAUCAAAUACAAAAAACCCUGGAUACCGCUGUCAAACGCAAGAAGUAUUUGGGAUUGGAAAAGGACAGAUUUCUAGCUAAUUUGGAGCCAACUUUAGAUUACAAAAGUUUCAAUAAAGCUGACAUUGUUAUUGAAGCGGUAUUUGAAGAUAUCAACAUAAAGCAUAAAGUGCUGAAAGAAGUUGAAGCAGUUGUACCACCUCAUUGUAUAUUUGCAACUAAUACUAGUGCCAUUCCAAUCUCAAAAAUAGCAGCAGCAUCUUCUAGACCAGACAAGGUCAUUGGUAUGCACUACUUCUCUCCGGUUGAAAAGAUGCAGCUCCUUGAGAUUAUUACGACUGAUAAAACUAGCAAAGAUACCACCGCAACAGCAGUUGAUGUUGGUUUGAAGCAGGGAAAAGUUGUUAUUACAGUUGGUGAUGGCCCAGGAUUCUAUACUACAAGAAUUCUAUCAGCAAUGAUGGCAGAAUCUGUCAGACUGUUACAAGAAGGCGUCGAUCCCAAAGAGCUGGAUAAACUAACGAAGACUUUCGGUUUUCCUGUAGGUGGCGCUACUCUUGCUGAUGAAGUAGGCCUUGACGUAGCAUCACAUAUUGGCCCGGAUCUAUUCAAGGCAUUUGGUGAACGAUUUGGAGGUGGAGACUUAGAAAUUAUGAAAGAUUUCGUCAAAGCUGGAUUUCUUGGCAGAAAAUCUGGAAAAGGUAUUUUCCUUUACGAACCAGGAAAAAAAAGUAAACUCGUCAACCCUGAUGCACUUGAGAUAGUCAAAAGAUAUAGUAUUCAACCAAAGGGUUCCACGGCAAAUGAAGACAGACAGCUUAGGAUGGUACUGAGAUUUGUGAAUGAAGCAGUUUUAUGUUUGGAGGAGAAUAUUUUGGCGAGUCCUUUGGAAGGAGAUGUUGGGGCUGUUUUUGGGCUUGGUUUUCCGCCAUUUACUGGAGGACCUUUCAGAUGGGUCGAUUACUAUGGUGCCGACAGAAUUGUGAAGAAGAUGGCGGAGUUUUCUGCAGAUUAUGGCAAACCUUUUGAAGCUUCUCAAACUUUGCUGGAUAUGGCGAAAGAUAAAUCGAAGAAAUUUUAUACUCAAUGAGUCAUUCAUAAAUUAUCACAAACUAAAUUAUUAGUUCGGAGCCAGAUCUCUGUGUUUUGGUGAAUCAUAGCUCAUUAAUUCCAUUCGAGUUUUUUUUUUUAGUUUAGAGUUCAAUUCUUCCUGAACCUCAGAUAAAUUUUCUCUGAAAGUUGUUAUUGUUUUCCACGCCUAGCCCAACAAAAACCAUAAGUGUCUUUCUCACGAGAUAUAUUUUUCUAAGCUGAAAUGAAAUUUUAGAAUAAAGUGCAAAAUAUAAUGUUAAUAAAUAUUUAAUUUUU